AUGGUCGCUUCAAGGAUAGCAGAGAUCACCAUCUGCUGUGCAGUGGAGUAUUGCGUACCAAGGAAAACGGGGCGAGAAGGGGCGAUGGCAGAUCGACUGCGGCCGAUUGGACAAUAUGAAUGGCACUUGCACGUCCCUUCGGCAGGCCUGGUCUGGAAGAGACCUAGGGCAGGGGGAGGGGGUAAGAUGAUAAGAUCCGAAUGGGGGCGUGAACUUGCUUCUGAAAAUGAUCAAGAAACGGAGAGGGGUCCCGAUGAACAGCUAAACUCGACCCAGUUUGGUAUAUGUGCGAACCUGCGUCUUUGUGGAACCGGGGUGUGGUUCGACGUCUACGUCGUAGUCCAGGCCACGCCACGCUAG